UUCAUUAAAGAGAGAAAUAGAACCCCCCAAACCUCUUUCAUACCAUACCACCCUCCCUCAGGCUCAGGCUCACAAAACCCACCACCACCACUCCUUCUCCAUCCCUGUCCGGCAUGGAAGCCAAUGCUGGACUGGUUGCCGGAUCUCACAACCGCAACGAGCUUGUUGUCAUCCAUGGCCAUGAAGAGCCAAAGACUUCGAAGGAUUUGAAUGGUCAAGUCUGUGAGAUAUGUGGCGAUGACAUUGGACUCACCGUGGAUGGAGAUUUGUUCGUGGCGUGCAACGAAUGUGGUUUUCCGGUGUGCCGACCAUGCUACGAGUAUGAGAGAAGAGAAGGGACUCAACUGUGCCCGCAGUGCAAGACCAGAUACAAACGCCUCAAAGGGAGCCCAAGAGAGGAGGGAGAUGAAGAUGAGGAAGAUGUGGAUGAUAUUGAACACGAAUUCAAAAUCGACCAUGAACAAGACAAGAACAAUAACAAACAUGUUGCAGAAGCUAUGCUUUAUGGCAAGAUGAGCUAUGGAAGGGGUAUGGACGAUGAUGAUAACUCCCAAUACCCACCUGUUAUAUCUGGUGGUCGCUCCCGCCCGGUGAGUGGUGAGUUACCAAUAUCAUCAACUCAUGCACACGGAGGAGAGCAUCAGAUGUUAUCUUCUUCUCUACAUAAACGUGCCGUGCAUCCAUAUCCAGUCUCCGAGCCUGGAAGUGCAAGAUGGGAUGAAAAGAAAGAGGGAGGUUGGAAAGAGAGAAUGGAUGAGUGGAAAUUGCAGCAAGGCAAUCUGGGCCCAGAAAUGGAUGACUCGGCUGACCCUGACAUGGCCAUGUUAGAUGAAGCAAGACAGCCACUGUCAAGAAAAGUACCAAUUGCAUCAAGCAAGAUCAACCCUUACCGCAUGAUUAUCGUGACUCGGCUUCUUGUUUUGGCAGUCUUUCUUCGUUAUAGAAUAUUGAACCCAGUUCACGGCUCCAUUGGGCUCUGGCUAACUUCUGUCAUCUGUGAGAUCUGGUUCGCUUUCUCUUGGAUUCUUGAUCAGUUUCCCAAAUGGUCCCCAAUUGAUCGUGAGACAUAUCUCGAUCGCCUUUCUCUCAGGUACGAGAGGGAAGGGGAACCAAACAUGCUGGCUCCAGUAGAUAUCUUUGUCAGUACAGUGGAUCCAAUGAAAGAACCUCCUCUUGUUACAGGAAACACAAUUCUAUCAAUCUUAGCAAUGGACUACCCUGUUGACAAAAUCUCAUGCUACGUUUCUGAUGAUGGUGCUUCAAUGCUUACCUUCGAAGCCCUGUCCGAGACUGCUGAAUUUGCCCGUAAAUGGGUUCCCUUCUGUAAGAAUUUUUCAAUUGAGCCUCGAGCACCAGAAAUGUACUUCUCUCUCAAAAUCGAUUAUCUCAAGGACAAAGUCCAGCCUACAUUUGUCAAGGAGCGUAGAGCAAUGAAGAGAGAGUAUGAGGAGUUUAAGGUUCGGAUUAAUGCACUUGUUGCAAAAGCCAUGAAGGUUCCACCAGAAGGGUGGAUCAUGCAAGAUGGUACACCUUGGCCAGGAAACAAUACUAAGGAUCAUCCGGGCAUGAUUCAAGUCUUUCUUGGUCAUAGUGGAGGCUUCGAUGUAGAAGGAAAUGAGCUUCCCCGUCUUGUCUAUGUGUCUCGUGAGAAGAGGCCUGGUUUCCAACAUCACAAGAAAGCAGGUGCCAUGAAUGCCCUGAUUCGUGUCUCUGGAGUUCUUACCAAUGCUCCAUUCAUGCUGAACUUGGAUUGUGACCAUUACAUAAACAACAGCAAGGCCGCACGAGAGGCAAUGUGUUUCUUGAUGGACGACCAAGUUGGGAAAAAGGUUUGCUAUGUUCAAUUCCCUCAAAGGUUCGAUGGCAUUGAUAGGAAUGACCGAUAUGCCAACAGAAACACAGUCUUCUUUGAUAUUAACAUGAAAGGUCUAGAUGGAAUCCAGGGUCCUGUGUAUGUCGGCACAGGAUGUGUUUUCAGAAGACAAGCGCUAUAUGGUUAUGAUCCACCAAAGGGUCCAAAGCGCCCAAAAAUGGUAAGUUGUGACUGCUGCCCAUGUUUUGGACGCCGCAAAAAGCUUCCAGAAUAUUCUAAACAUGGUGCAAAUGAAGGCGGUGCAAAUGUUCAAGGAUUCGAUGAUGAUGACAAGGAGCUAUUAAUGUCCCAGAUGAAUUUUGAAAAGAAGUUUGGACAGUCAGCAAUUUUUGUGACUUCAACCUUAAUGAUUGAAGGUGGCGUCCCACCUUCCUCGAGCCCAGCAGCCCUGCUGAAAGAAGCCAUUCAUGUGAUCAGCUGUGGUUAUGAAGACAAAACUGAAUGGGGUUUGGAGUUGGGUUGGAUUUACGGGUCUAUUACAGAGGAUAUCCUAACAGGUUUCAAGAUGCAUUGUCGUGGUUGGAGGUCCAUAUAUUGUAUGCCAAAUAGGCCUGCAUUUAAAGGGUCUGCUCCUAUCAACCUCUCAGAUCGACUUAACCAGGUGCUUCGUUGGGCUCUUGGUUCAGUUGAGAUUUUUUUCAGCCGUCAUAGCCCAGGUUGGUAUGGCUACAAGGGAGGAAAACUUAAAUGGCUCGAGCGCUUUGCAUAUAUCAACACAACUGUUUACCCCUUCACCUCCAUACCUCUACUUGCCUACUGUACACUCCCAGCCAUCUGCUUGCUCACAGACAAAUUCAUUAUGCCAGAGAUAAGCACCUUUGCAAGUCUCUUCUUCAUCGCUCUAUUUAUCUCAAUCUUUACAACGGGCAUUCUUGAGCUGAGGUGGAGUGGAGUUAGCAUAGAGGAAUGGUGGAGGAACGAGCAGUUUUGGGUCAUAGGUGGUGUGUCUGCUCACCUCUUUGCCGUCAUACAAGGUCUGCUCAAGAUUUUGGCUGGAAUUGACACAAACUUUACAGUCACAUCAAAGGCAACAGAAGAUGAGGAUUUCGGAGAGCUAUAUGCUUUCAAAUGGACCACCCUCCUUAUCCCACCAACGACAAUCCUAAUUAUCAACCUUGUUGGGGUUGUGGCCGGAGUUUCAGAUGCCAUAAACAAUGGGUACCAAUCAUGGGGUCCCUUGUUUGGAAAGCUCUUCUUUGCCUUUUGGGUCAUCGUUCAUCUCUAUCCAUUCCUCAAAGGUCUCAUGGGGAGGCAAAACAGGACACCCACCAUCGUUGUCAUAUGGUCAGUGCUUCUGGCUUCUGUCUUCUCCUUGCUAUGGGUCCGCAUUGACCCAUUUGUGCUGAAAACAAAGGGGCCUGAUGUCAAACAAUGUGGUAUCAACUGCUGAAAAUAUUCUCUCCGUUUCUUCUCCAGAUAAAACACAUGUAAAUUUUUUAAUACUAAGGAUAUUUGAUAUAUAUAUAUAUAUACCACCAAAAUGGAAUUGCAGAAAGAAUAAAUUCAGAAUGGAAAGAGUUUUGUUUAGCUGAAUGAAUUGUACCCAGUUUUGUAUGUAAAUGAAACAAAAAUGCUACUUUGAGAUAAUUUUUUUGACUUUCUUUUUUUAUUA